UGAUGUGCCCAUCAUAGACCUUGCUGGUUUGAACCAGAGUCCUCACCAAAGGUCCUCUAUCAUCAAACAAAUCAGGAAGGCUUGCCUGCAAAUAGGUUUCUUUCAAAUUAUCAAUCAUGGGAUAAGCCAAUCGGUUAUGGAAGGAACACUCACUUCGGUUUCGGAUUUCUUCGAUCUUCCGGCCGGCGAGAAAAACAAGUUCAUGUCCAGAGAUGUUCACAAGCCGGUUAGAUACUCAACAAGCCUGCCGGACGGCGUAGAUAAUAGUGCUGGUGUACAGUUCCGGAGAUUCUUCCUCAAACACUAUGCUCAUCCUCUGGAUAAAUGGGUCGGGUCAUGGCCAGCAAAACCUCCUCAUUACAGGGAGCAAAUGGGGAGAUACUGUGUGGAAGUGCAAAAAGUAGCAAUAGAAGUAAUGGGGGCCAUCACAGAGAGCCUGGGCUUGAGCCCAACAUAUUUGAGUAAGAAAAUGGAGCCAGGUACGCAAGUCAUGGCCGUUAACAGCUAUCCACCUUGCCCACACCCGGAUAUGACACUUGGGCUUCCUCCACAUACUGAUUACAGCUGCAUCACCAUACUUCUCCAGAGUUGCUCAGGUCUCCAAGUCAUGGUCCCUGAGGGAGACAACAACACUUGGAAGCUGGUCCCUGAGGGAGUUCAAGGAACUCUACAAGUUCAUGUAGGAGAUCAUCUUGAGGUUUUAAGCAAUGGGUUGUAUAAGAGUGUGAUCCAUAGGGUUACCCUUAACUCUCAAAGGACUAGGUUCUCUCUUGCCAGUCUCCAUAGCUUGGCCAUUGAUGAGAAAAUGGAGUGUGCAGAAGAACUGGUUGAUGAACAAUUACGUCCCAGAGGAUACAAGGGAAGCAGCUUCAGAGAUUUUCUGAACUUCCUCUCUGCCAAUGACAUUGCCAAGGGGCAAAGCUUCAUUGAAACUCUUAAGAUCAAAGAGUAA